AUACUGUUGACAACACAAGGCGGUAUUGUCUAUAGUAGCUGCGCACAGGGGGGAAAAAAAAAAAAUCUCCAGCUGACCAACAGCGACACCCAUUGGUGAAAAGAGGGAAGUGCAGCGUGUUUAAUACUGCAGUAUAGUGAUUGUUGUGAUGAAAAAGCAAGGGAUUCUCAGUGCAGUUAAAAGGCCACACAGUGAGAAAUCGUGGUAAAAAGAUUUAGAGGAGUGAGGUUGACCAACAUUUACGAUUUGGGUCGCUGAUUUAAUUUUAGACCAGGAACACCUGUCCUUGUCAGUACCAACAUGGUUGUAGCAAAGCCUCAACAGUGAUUGAGAGUAAAAGUUGGGAGGAUAAAUCAUACAAAUGUGGAGUUUCAGGGGAGCAUUUUGUCAUGUUGAUGAAGCUAUAAAUAUCCGUGCGGCCAGCUAUGAACAUUCAGGACAGUAAUGUAGCCACGCCUUCUGUGAAAGACUUGGUGAAGAUUUUGUAUGGAGGAAAAAGGUUUGGGAAUCACGUGGAUGAAGUUUGGCCUAACCUCUUCAUUGGCGACAUGUCAGUGGCCAAUGAUCGCUACAGUCUAUGGAAGCUGGGAAUCACUCAUGUUGUGAAUGUAGCUCAUGGGAGGAUGCACUGUCAGGGGAGUCAUGACUUCUACGGCUCCACUGUGGAUUAUUAUGGAGUGCCUGCCGAUGACUCGCCAUCCUUUGACCUCUCUCGCUAUUUCUUUCCCUCCGCUGAGUACAUUCAGAAUGCACUUGACACAGCUGGUGCUCGGGUUUUUGUCCACUGUGCAGUUGGAGUGAGCAGAUCUGCCUCCCUCGUCCUGGCCUACCUUAUGAUCCACCAACGUUACACUCUGCUCGAGGCCAUCAAUAAGGUCAAAGAGCGCAGGUGGAUUUUCCCAAACAGAGGAUUCCUCAAACAGCUUUGUGCUUUGGAUAUGAAGCUCCGCAAGACAUCCUGAGUAUUCCUCUGCACCUCAAAAACUUUUAUUUUCUAACUUACCUCAAAGAUAAAUGAAGGACUCAGCAUCUGCCAGCGGAGGGAAAUACUGUACUUAGAUUUGUACUCUGAUUAGUUUGUUUCAAGAACAGUAUUGAGCUUAAUCUAUUUACAUUGACUCUUAGCUGUGGAUCAUGCUGCCUAUUCACAAGAUAUUGAUCUCAUAUUAAUAGAACAUCAGUAUAAUCACUUAGGCAGAAUCACUUAAGUAACCUUUGUAUUACAUUGAAUUAAAGGUACAACCCUGAUAUACAUUUAAUUUAAAACACUGUGGUUCCACUUUAACUCACAAUAUGAUACUUAACAUUCAUUUCAUAAUUAGUUUUUGUGUAUUAGGUCAUUCUGGUACCAUGUUAAUGUUUUUCCCUCCAGUUUAGCAUUGAUAAGCAGCAUAUGAUCAGUCGAUAGGUGGUUUAUAACACAGUAUAAUUACACAGUAUAAUUUAAUUGUAAGUACGUUUAGUGGCAUCUAGCGGUGUAAUUGCAGAUCACAAUCUAUUGUUUUAACCCUUCCAAGCGCAGAAGAGAAACUACAGUGCUACAACAACUACAACGCCCCUAUCUACAGCCGGUUUUUGCUUUGUCCUUUCUGGGCUGCUGUAGAAACAUGUCAGUUCAACAUGGUGGCCCCAAUGGAAGGCGACCGGCGGUGUCUGUAGAUAUAAAAGGCUCCUUUUAAGGUAACAAAACACGACGUUCCCUAAAUUCAGGUGAUUACACACUAAUGUAAACAUACCUAUGAAUAUUAUAUUUCAUUUCUCUCAUUAGAUUCUCCUAAAUUGAUCUUUAAGGACAUUUUAAAGUAAUUAUUAAUGUAAUUUAAAGCAUAUGAGGCAUUCAUAACUGGCAUGUCAAUGGUUAAUGAAUGCUUGACAAUAUAACAGUUAUAACCAUCUAGUUUUAACACAUUUAUUUUUUUUAACUAUGUAUUCUUUGGGGGCUUUUAUUUCCUUUAAUCAAUAGUGACAGCUAAAGAGUGACAGGAAAGGGGGGUGGGAGAGAGAGAGAGAGAGAGAGAGAGAGAGAGAGAGAGUGACACACAGCAAAGGGUCACAGGUUGGAUUCAAACCUGGGGCUGCUGCAGCAAGACCUUGGUACAUAGGGUGCCAAGAGCCUGUAAGGAUUUGUUCAAGUGUGUAAUUAUAUUAGAUUAUAGCUACAUUAUACUGUGUUAUCAAGUAUUAACUGUUUACACACAGGCUAUAAAUGCAUUAAUAGACAUUUCUUUAAACUUAAAAUGUGAUAUUUGUGAGAACUAAUUGAAUACAAAAAGGGAUUUUCCAGUGAAAUCCACCACAAGUAGAAGGCUUUGAAACAGCAUUUACGCCAAAAUGUUAGGAGAUAAUGCAAAUUCUUAAUUAAUUUAAAACAUAAUCUUACAGUGAAUUAAUAAAUACACUGUGACAUUUUGUGAAUUAUUAUUAAUUAAAAAACAUCAUCAAAAUCAUAUACCACCCCUCAGGUUCUUAAAUCUCAGCGGCUUUUCAGAAUUUAUGUCCUGAAUGUACAAUAAUUGAACAUGUUCCUGUCGUUUUUUCUGCAUUUUAAACAUGUCAAUUUAUUGCCAACACAUCUUGUGGUUCCAGUGGUCGACUGGAUUUUGAUCAAAGUGAAAUGCUGAUAAAUCUUGUUUUCUCGGGAUCUUUAUCUGAGAACAGUCUGACAGUCUGCCUUGGCUUUCCUGUGAUGACGGUUAGAAUAGAACAUGAGAGAGUUUAGAUUUCCAUGGUCCUUUCACAUGUUGUGAAUCAGAUGUAGAUGAAGAAUCUUCUCCAGAGAAAACCUGUAUCAUUAACGGCUCAGAAACAUCUUACUCUACAUGACUGGUGCUAAAAUCCUUCUUAUUGCCUUGAGCUCUUUUAAGCGUCUCUGUCAGAAAGAUGCAUUGAUUAAAAGGCUUACAAAAUAAACGCACAGGAACACACAAAACCCCAUUUUGUCAAACUACACCCGCAUCUGGAUCAGACCAGAAUCACACAUUCACCAGCAGUGUUACGUAUAUAUCCGGUGGGAUUUUAUUCCCACCACAUACACUACGGUAGAUUA